AUGCUGGGACGACGUCUCAAGUUGCGCUUUGCUCGCCCUCUAAGAGCCAUUCGUCGCGCUUUGCCUCCAGUCAAUUUCAUCACCUUACAUUAUGCAUACUUCAUAUUUACCGGUCUGCUGGCUGCUGUCAUUUUCUGGGCUUCCUCUACCACUACCCAUGUCAGCUUCACCGAUUCCUUGUUCUUCUGCGUCAGUGCUAUGACCGAAGCCGGUCUGAACACUAUCAACCUUAGCGAACUCAAUACAUGGCAACAGUUCAUGCUCUUCGUUCUCAUCUUCAUUGGUUCUGCCAUCUUUGUCUCGAAUUUUGUUCUUCAAGUCAGAAGGAAAGCAUUCGAACGAAAGUUCAUAAGCGUCAUCGAGAGCAGAGCUCGCAAACAGCGACGCCUUUCAUUGCGAGGUUCCACCUUUUCAAUGUCCAGACUCUCCAUGAGUAAAUCUCGAGAGAACCAGAAUCCGAACCUGGGUCUGGACAGACAACCUCGCCCAGCAGAUGUAGACCAGCCUCAAACUCCUAUAACAAGGCGUCGUACGUCCGUCAGCGAGACUUCGCUUCGUCAGAGCAAGAGUGAAGGUACCGAUGGAGCCGCUGAUGAUCUACCUGCCGCUGAGGAAGACUCGAACGAUGCUACCUUACCCGAUCGUAUCACCUUCAGUCCUGAGACUGUCUUCCGCUCACAGAAGCAAUUUGAAGACCAAUCACCUACUAAACCAAGACAGCGUGUGUUUUCAGUUUCCGGUGUUGGUGCUCGAUCUGAAGCAAGUCUCCACCGGGUCACGUCUGUGUCACGCGCAUCCAUUGCUGAGCAAGCACCAGUGGGAACCCGAUCUACCGCUGACUAUUUUCCAUCCGCUGGCUAUAUUUCUCGCAAUUCAACAUUUCACAAUCUCACUGAGGCCGAAAGACAGCGGCUUGGUGGUGUAGAAUACAAAGCGCUGUUGUGGCUCUCUUGGAUUGUGCCAUUGUACCUUGUCCUUUGGCAGCUACUUGGAGCUCUAGGCUGUGCUGCUUGGGUGGCACACAACCGUCCAGGGACAGCUCGAGCUAACGGUCUCAAUCCGUGGUGGGUUGGGGCUUUCAACGCUGUAUCCGCAUUCAACAACUCUGGUAUGAGUUUGCUUGAUGCCAACAUGAUAGCCUUUCAGACGUCGUACUACAUGCUGCUAACCAUGAGCCUGCUGAUCCUCGCCGGAAAUACAUGCUACCCGAUCUUUCUACGAUUGAUUGUGUGGACAAUUUAUAAGUGCUUGCCGAAGCGCGCCAGAUUCGAUGACCAUCGAAACACUCUGCGUUUCCUCCUUGACCAUCCUCGCCGUUGCUACACCAAUCUCUUCCCCUCAGAGCAUACCUGGUGGCUAGCCUUUGCCGUUUUCGCGCUCAAUGGUGUGGAUUGGGCUGCUUUCGAGAUCCUGAACAUUGGCAAUCGCGUACUCAACAGUACCCUUCCCGUUCACAUUCGCGUUCUCGAUGGCCUCUUCCAAGCCUUUGCUGUUCGUUCCGGAGGUUUUUACGUCGUCGCUAUUCCCACCCUUCGAAUCUCACUCCAGGUUCUGUAUGUCAUCAUGAUGUACAUCUCCGUUUAUCCUGUCGUUAUCACAAUGCGUAACAGCAACGUUUACGAAGAGCGAAGUCUAGGCGUGUAUGACGAGAACGAUCCAGACAACGUAUCAGAGGCUUCUAAGGAUCCCAACAGCAUCUACAGCAGAUUCCGCGGAGUCAAGAAACAACUUGCGACCGGAUUUGGUGGACUGAGCGAGGGUAAGAGCUACUUUAUACAACAGCAACUGAGGGCCCAACUUGCUCAUGACGCUUGGUGGAUUGUGCUUGCUGUUUUCCUCAUCAUGAUCAUUGAAGGUGGGCAAUUUGAGCGUGAUCCUGUCGACUUUUCGGUUUUCAAUGUCAUCUUCGAAGUCGUCUCUGCCUAUGGUACAGUGGGCAUAAGCGUUGGUGUACCCAACAACGCAUACUCAUUCUGUGGCUCAUGGCAUAAGCUGAGUAAAUUGAUUCUCUGUGCUGUCAUGCUGAGAGGAAGGCACAGAGGUCUGCCAAUUGCUAUUGACCGUGCGGUGUUGCUGCCAGAUGAAAGACAAGACCACGCUGAAGAGGAGGAUGCAGCUAUCAGAAUGGAGAGGGCGGUCAGCAGACACACCACAAAUGGCGACGUGGUCUGA